AUUAUGUUGCGUUAUUGGGUGUGGCGCAUAAACCAAGGAAUGAGAUAACCUGUCUUUCUCCGCCGCCAAUAUUGAACGGGGUGACAUCAUCUCCUCUCCAAUUUAGUACUGUUUUAAGAAAUCUGCACUUCGCCUUGAGCAUAUAACAUUGUCCGUUCAUUCUCAAAGAAGCUAGUUGUAUUGUAAUCCUUGCUUCAAUUCUUGUAUUUUGCUUUUGUUUCCUCAUUUUCUCUCUGGGAAUUUUCUUUAAAAGGCGAUUGAUUGUUAUGGAUUUCAUGGGAAGUUGGAAGAUGCUAUUGAUGUGAUUAUGAUUAAUGCUACCUGUCCAUCCACAGCCAUCAAUCCGGCGAGGAUUCUAUUUUCAUUUUAGAGCACUUGUCCUCCCUGUAAUUUGUCAACUAUAAAGCCUUCUGACCUGUUUACUAGGUCCUGAGCAACCAUUAUCUUACAAUCAUUUAAAUUACCGGCCUUCAUGGUGCCAUCAUCUUAGUCCAUUCAUCCAUUGUGGCGGGAUUAUUCUCAGGGAAAAAGUAUGGCUUCUUUAGCAACUGCUGAAAUUUGUGAUUCAAAUGCAGCAAUUCUGGCAAGUGGUGACUUGCGUGUUUUGCAACCAAUCUUCCAUGUCUAUGGUCAAUGUCGAUCAUUCUCUGGUCCCAUUGUCACUGUAAAGGUGUUUGAGGACAACGUUUUGGUUAGGGAGCUGAUAGAAAGCAGAGGUGAAGGAAAGGUUUUAGUUAUAGAUGGUGGAGGAAGCAUGAGGUGUGCUUUGGUCGGUGGAAAUCUAGCGCAAUUGGCACUUAACAACGGAUGGGCUGGUAUUGUAGUGAAUGGAUGCAUUAGAGACAUAGAUGAGAUUAAUGACUGUGGUAUAGGGGUGAGGGCCUUGGGAUCAAAUCCUAUUAAAUCGAACAAAAAAGGCCUUGGUGAAAGGCAUGUCCCUGUUUAUAUUGCUGGAGCGUUCGUUUGCGAUGGGGAGUGGUUGUAUGCUGAUAGUGAUGGCGCUCUUGUCUCCAAAGAGGAGUUGAGUAUCUAAACAAGCAUUUGAGACAGAUGAAAGAAAUUUCUUGGUUUUUUUUUUUUUUUUUGUGCCCAUUUGGGCAUUGGUUGUGUAUUUAGCCAAUUCAAGGGAUAUUGAUUCAUGUUUAAUAAAGUUUUUGGCUAGCAAAGGGCAAACAGGUUGAUGUGAAGUUAUGAUAAAGUUACACCAUUGUGUAGUCUGUUUUGUUCA